UGUCACAUCAGCACCUUUCCCUGAAGCAUAGGUGCUAUACACAGUGGGUGCCACACAGUCAGACUAGUGGCUCUCUGUGUAGCGAAGUCGCCUGCAGGACGCUCUGUACGGCCGAGAGACGAUCGAAGCUCGAGGACAUUGGACGUGUUCUUCAGAAAUAGUGUCUCCUUCACACGGUGAGAGGAACCAGUUUAAACAUGGUGGCCACGUGGCGUAUGGGUGUCACACUGACGAUAGCAUGCUGUGUGAUGAUUACAACAGAAGCUGCCAACGGUCAAAGUGACUACGUCACCAACGACACGGUAUCCUUGUCACUCCCAGAGAAUACCGCCGUGCUGUCAACGGUUGUUGAUCUGUCCACCUUUGUGGUGGGGAACGAGACGUCCUCUCCGUCCCCUGGCAACGACGUGACCACGCCUAUCCCAACACAGACUGUGACAAACACGAAUGACUCAGUCAACAGUACCAACAACGGCACCACCAAUGGUACCACCAAUGCAAAUGGUACCACUAAUGGUACCACCAACGGUACCACCAACGAGGCCACUAGUAACUACAAGUUCUCACUGCUGUCUGGAAACACGCACAACCGGUUUGCUGUGGCCGAGGACACGGGCGUACUGACGCUGGCCCGGCCACUAGACGUCACCGUGGACAAGCGCUACGAUCUGAACGUCAGUGUGCACCUGACACAGAAAAACGUCACGGCGUUCAUCUCUGUGACAGUUGACGUAAAUGACGCGGAGGGAUACCCACCUGUCUUCAGCGACAACUGUAGGACGCCGGUGGUUAGUGACGACAAGGGCGUUGUUGUAGACACCAAGCUGGGUUAUCGUAUAGCAGCGUUUGACCUUGGUUCCGAAUUCACUAAUGCUGAUUUCUUCUUCGACCCGAAUGCUGUUGUGAAGAUUUCUACUGAAAACGACCAAUGUGGACUUGAGUACGCGGACGUCUUCAUAGCACAAGAUCCCUUCUUCGCCCACCUGGUCAACGACUCCCAAAUCGUCUGUGCUGACCCUGAUGGGGGGAACCAGGAGGGGUCCAAAAUGACCAUCGAUGUGAUCAGGCCCCCCUUCAGCCCUGCCGACCCCCUCCAACACAAGCUGCACCCCGCCACCUGGAGCCUGAUGUUCCAGGACAGCUGGGUCCGGGACAACAGUCCCUUCGUCGUGCUGGACAUGGCGAUAGAUCACGUGUCCUCCAGGAAAAAGUCCAGUUGGAUUUGUUUUGGUACACAAGACGCGUUUAGGUUUGAAGUCAAACUGGAUAUUACUGCAAGGGGCUGCAGUGAGGGGAAGUACGGCGGGCUGUGUGACCAGACCUGCGUCUGUCAGAACGGCGCCACGUGCCACGCCUUCAACGGCGCCUGUCUGUGUGCUCAGGGCUGGAAGGGGGUGGCCUGCGACAUCCCAAACCAUGAAAACCUCAUGUUGACGAUAAAUGAGGACCAGAUGGUCAGCUCCAACGUGCUUGACAUGAAUGACGUACUUGUAGCAAACGGGUUCCUGAGAAACCAGACCGAAGCCCGCUUCACACUAGUGUCGGGCAAUAAGCACCAGAGAUUCAACCUUUCCGAGGAUACUGGACUCCUGAGUCUGAGCCGGCCUCUCGACUUUACAGUGGACAACCAGUAUAUUCUUAACGUCACUGUAAUGCAGAACAACACCACUUCGUUCAUUACGGUGACAGUUGACGUGAAUGACGUGGAGGGAUAUCCGCCUGUCUUCAACGACGACUGCAGAACGCCGGUGGUUAAUGACGACAAGGGAGUUGUUGUUGACACCAAGCUGGGCUAUCGUAUAGCAGCAUUUGACCCUGGUUCCGAUUUCACUAAUGCUGACUUCUUCUUCGACCCAAAUGCUGUUGUGAAGAUUUCUACUGAAAACAACCGCUGUGGACUUGAGUACGCGGACGUCUUCAUAGCACAAGACGGCUUCUUCGCCCACCUGGUCAACGACUCCCGAAUCGUCUGCGCUGACCCUGAUGGGGGGAACCAGGAGGGGUCCAAAAUGACCAUCGAUGUGAUCAGGCCCCCCUUCAGCCCUGCAGACCCCCUCCAACACAAGAUCCACCCCGCCACCUGGAGCCUGAUGUUCCAGGACAGCUGGGUCCAGGACAACAGUCCCUUCGUCGUGCUGGACAUGGCGAUAGAUAGAGUCCUCUCUGGGCAAAAUUCAAGUUACGUCUGUGUUGGUACUAACGACACGGCGGGGUUUGAAGUCAAACUGGACAUUUCUGCACGAGGCUGUAGUGCGGGGAAGUACGGCGGACUGUGUGACCAGACCUGCGUCUGUCAGAACGGCGCCACGUGCCACGCCUUCAACGGCGCCUGUCUGUGUGCUCCGGGCUGGAAGGGGGUGGCCUGCGACAUCCCUAACCCUACCGUGCUCGUGACCGCGAGUAACCCCUCGCCAAAGCCAGGGGACGACAUCAACAUCACCUGCCACUCGUACAACAUACAUACCGACAGUCUGACGUGGGCAAAGGAUGGCAAGGAACUACCGGAUGGAACCAUCAUGAAGUCAUCUUUUUACUCCAAUCACGUCCUGGUGAUACCACAGCUGUCGAAGGAGCACGGAGGAGAGUACCAGUGUAUAGUCCGUGAUGUGAACGGUGUGGAAACGAGAGCGGUUUAUAGGCUUAACGUCCCAAGUAAACCAGGAAAGCAGCUGACUCCCGGUAUAAUUGCCAUUGCCGUGCUGGUCCCGGCCGCUGUGCUCUGUGUGGCAGGGGUGGGCGCCUACCUCUUCAUGAGGAAGAAGAAAGAAGCCAAGUACAGAAUGGACAGUGAACUCAUCUCCUGGCUACAUGAUCCGGAGAACAAAGACGUCAUCCGGAAAUGGGAGAGAAAACGCCAAGACCUGACGAUAGUGGAGCAGAUCGGACAGGGCCAGUUCUGUUACGUUGUGAAGGCGAAGCUGCGGAUGCAGACAUCGCAACACACCGUGGCCGCCAAAACAAUUCGAGCCGACCAGGCAGGAGAGGUCGUACAGCGAGACUUCUUGAGGGAAACCAAACUUCUGUCCGACCUCCACCUUCCUCAAGACGCCUCCUCUUCUCCGUCAACCAACCAGAACAUCAUCCAGUUCUACGGAUACGUCUUGGACAAAGCACGUGUGUACCUGUUGGUUGAGUACGCACCUUACGGAGAUCUCCGGAACUACCUGAGCUCGUGCCGCCACCGCUGCCAGUCCUCCGGGCCGCUGGGUGUGACCGCCGAGCAGGACCGGGAGUUCCUGCGGUUCGCACGGGGAGUCGCCAACGCGCUGGCAGAACUGAAGAGAAAGAAGGUGGUCCACAGGGACGUUGCUGCCAGGAACGUGCUGAUCUCUGCGGACAGGGAGGCCAAGAUCUGUGACUUCGGGCUGGCCAGGGACAUCUACACGGAGUCGGAGUACGUCAAACUGUCCAACCAACAAGGAGAUGACGGCCCCCUGCCGAUCCGCUGGAUGGCGCUCGAGUCUCUCCAGGACGGAGCCUUCACCUACAAGACUGACAUUUGGUCGUAUGGAAUCUUGUUGUGGGAAAUCGCUUCUCUUGGUGGGAGACCUUAUCCAGGCCUGUCCGCUGACAAACAGCUGAUCGACUGGCUAUCGGCCGGGAAGAGGAUGGACCGACUGGACAGCUGCCCUGACCACAUGUAUAAAGUCAUGCAGAAGUGUUGGAUGAAGGACCCGGCGGCUCGGCCCGACCCCACGGACCUCGUCCAGGACAUGGACAAUCUGGUCAAUACCAGCGAGGAAUCGGUAAAUAACAUAUGAUUGUUGUUUUGUUUU